AUAGCGCCUUGUGUGUAAAAAUAAACUAAUUUGACGUCUUUUAACAACUUGGCGACACUUCAGUAACAGCAAGGACAACCCAAAUGUUCGUAUUUUCGUUUUUCAGACAAUUGCAACAUCGCAGAGACUCAAACAUGGAGAGCAUGGAUAUCUCGUACAGCGAUGAUAAGACUGGCGAAGAAACUGAUAUGAUCUGUGAUGAAGAACAGCAUGAAUGCUCUGAUCAUGAAAACAUUGUAGUGCAACAAUUAACCCACAACGGUGUGAUGAUCGAGCUCGACUCUCAUAACGCUCCAUGUGAUGAAUCAUCACGAAACAUUAAUGCACAAAGCGUAAACACUCUGCUAAAUAGCAGUUUCCCUACAGAACAUAGCGAAAGCGUUCCGGAAUCUGUACGAUUUCCGCUCCAAGACGCUAAAGAUUGCAAUCAAUUCCAGAUUAUCCCCAGGAAUAUCAAUUCCAUUGAACGUAUGAAGGAAAACUUAAUGACCACCGUAGAUAGCCUUGAAAUCUGUGGAUCAGAUAAGGAAAAUAUGUUUACGGACACAUGUGAAGCACGGCUUAAUGAAUUUCCCAUCGAUGCAAAACGUGAAGGUUGUGUUUUUCCACUUGAAGAUGCAUUGGAUUUUGCAGCUAUCCAAUCGUUUACUUCGAACUCUUCAAUUCAUGGAGAAAAUUUUACACCAGCCAAUGAAUAUAAUUUUUCGGCGGCGGAUUUCGAUUGUUUACUGUCUCGAGGGUGUUCGCAGACUUCUUCAAGUACGGUAAAAUCAGCUUUAGGUUCUGCAUCGUCCUCUUCAAACCUUCCCAGAAACUCUGUGCUGGACAAUUUUGACCCCCUUUUGCGACGGCAAACUAUCGUUAAGGCAGAACACAGAUCAGGCAGUGAAAACGUCGAAGGUGGCCCAUCUGCUGCAUGUCUGGCUUUGGUUAACAACAUUUCACCGCUGCAAGAAAGUAACAGGAGUGCUAAGCAAAUACCAGCGUGCCGUAAAAUCGACGCUGACCGUUUCGAUGGACAACAAGUAGACAGUGCACUACUCCUGCUGAAUACGUCCGGUGGUUCAUCGUUGAUACCACUGCUAGAGCAUCAGACUGGUAACGAUUCCAAGGACAAACAAGAUCUGAAAGAGAUAUCGAGCUGCCUUGACGAUACUGCUGUAGAUCCAAACUGUUCAGCAAAUCCGGAAACAAGUCAUAGUUCUCUCGAGAAAACUACAAUAACUACAGAAGAUAACGGAACCAGUGACUCGUCAAAGUGCUCGGAAAACCUAUUGUUUUCAACCAGUGCUGAUGGACAACAAGUUAUAGAGUAUGAGAGAGUGGAAAGUAACGAACCAUUAGUGGCAAUUUUGGAUUCUGUUCAGAGUGCAGAGCAUGUCCCACUCAACAGUACGGAUUCACAAAAGUUAUCCGAAUUGAACCUCUCGGACUCUGCAAAUACAAAAGGUGAUAGUUUAUCAGCCGUACAAUUUCAGGAACUGAAUAUUGAAGGUGCACUACCAGCAGAGAAAGCAGCAGUGGAACUUAUUGCAGAAUCGACAGGAAAACUAAACAGCACUGUCAUUUACACCGGCACUCCUAAUGCUCAUGAUGAUUUAACGUUUUUCAAGGGAAAUAUGAUUGCUGAACCGAUUACUGAAAAACAAAACAGCGCCGUUAAAAAUAUGAGUGACGAUCGAUCGGUAUCGGGCGAGGAAGGUUAUGCUGAGGUUGGAAAGAAAUGUAAAACUGAAGAAGUAAAUUUCGCCGAUAUAGAGAAAAAGAUGCUUGAUAUUGAACUCAGAGAAGAAAACAUGUUAAAGCGGAUCACGGAGAAAGAUAAAACAAUUUCCAAAAUGAGCAACGUGGUUGAAGCGUACGAGCGAACCAUAGCCGAGCUAAUCUCGGAGAAGGAAAUUUUAAUCCGUAACCAUGAGGAGGAAUGCGAAAAUCUAAAGCAAGACAAUGAAAUUAACGCACAGCAUUUGGAAUCGUUAGAGCAAACCUUCUCAAACUUGUAUACAAAAUAUGAGCGCAUGAAAAAGAACGCCAUCAAAUACAAAGAAAAUGAGGAUAAGUUAUUAGAAAAGGUGAUGAAGCUUGAAGAAUGUCUCAGAGCGCAAGAACAGCGGUAUGAAAAAAUGAAAAGUCACGCUAUGAGUCAACUGGAAAUUGCAAACACCAAAAUAGACGAAGCUAUCCGCAACCAUUCCCAGGAAGUAGCAAAAUUAAAGGCUCAGAUAAAGAAAGAAGAAGUGUACCGAAUUUCAAUCAACGAGCAGUUGAUUCAAAAAUCAAAAGAGAAUGAACAAUUGGUUAAGAUUUGCGACGAGCUAAUCAGUGAAACUAAUUGAAAGGUAC